CACUUUCUUCUCUUUAAGUUCUCAUCUUCCCUUGCAGUAAGCAGGUUUACUCUCUAGACACUGGAUAGGUGUCUACCUCCUCCAUGCCAUUCAAUUGGAGGGAAGGAAUACUGCUUGAAGUCUAAUGGCAGAGAAAAUCAGUUCUGCAGUUGUCCAGGAGACAGUCAGCCAAAUCCUAUCUGGUCUCGUUCAAAAAUAUGAGGAGAAAGAAUCAGAUGCCAACAGAAACUUGGAGAGGCUAGAGAUGGCUCACAUCAGGCUUGAGGCCGCUCUUGAGACAUCUAAUAAGUGGCAGAUCACUGAUGCAUCCUUAUUGCGCUGGCGUAGGAAGCUGAAGCGUGCCGCUCAGGAGUACGAUGACACACUGCACAAAUGCAAGCAGAGAAUCCUAGAAGGCAAACAAAUGGAACGGGAGGUAAGGAAUUCCUCCCUUCCUAACCGUAUUGUGCAUGCUACAAAAUCAUUUGUUUUCUCUGUUGUGAACCGCAACAACAAUGAGUUGAGCAGAUCCAUUGCUCAAAGAUUUGAGUGGUAUGCAGAUGGUGCUAGUGAGUUUCUGAGAUUCAUAGAGUUUGGUGGCAUGUCCCGCCGUCACAUGCCCUUUAACUCUGUUAUUCAGAACCUUUUUGCAGGAAAGGAGCUACAUCAUGAAAUCGUCCGGGGCAAAAACUAUCCCUCCUUUUUGUUAUGGUUGGUGCCGACCCGUACUUUAGAGCAUAGAACCAGCGUUAGCUUGACAUUUGUCCAGUACGAUGGUACACCAGAGGGUAAUAUCUUCGUUGGUUUGAGGGUACAGCUCUCGGAGAGUACAGACAUAUUUGGGAUCGCAAUUAAGUGCUUGCAGUUUUUUGCCCCUCAUUUCAAGCGUACAUUGGAAAAUAUUAGGAAUGAACUUUCUCAACUGACCGCUCAAGACUUCUCAUGGGGUCCAUCUUUUUAUUCAUGCCAUAAGGAGCAUUGGGACGAAUUCUACAGCUUCACAUCUCAGUUAUCCCGGCCAAACCCAUUUUGUUGCAAGCAGCAUGGUCAGCACGAGGUUCAACGUUAUAGUAACCUAGAUAUGGCAGGAUUAUCAGAGGUUUUGUUAGAACCAGUAAUUAAUUUUAGCUUGUAUUGUCAAGUCUCAAUGUCUGCUUACAGCAAGCAGAAGAUCUCACUUUCUGAAGACAUAAUUUCUAUGCAAGAUUAUCCAUAUCUGAAAGCAGGAAUCUCCUUUGCACCCCAUGGUUCUUUAGAGGACAUGCUGCCUCUGGGUAGUAGUUCCGAAAAAGCAGCGAUAGUCCACAUGGAGCAAAAUUGCUUGCAUACAAACAUUGCCCUAGAACAGCUGGAAGAGAUUAUCCUGCCAAAGGCAAUAGAUUACUUCCACCAGAAUGCCGAAGCGAUGGUUUACCAAAUGAUUUGGAAGUCUAAACAUGGUUUUGCACAUAUUCAUAUUGAGAAGCCAUGCAUGAGCACACGGAGAUCAAGCAUGAGAACACGGAGAACUUUUGGGACCUUAGAAGCGGGCGCGCCGUCCUCGCCGCUUGGGCCUGGCUCCGGUGGGGCGGGGGCGCCUCCGCCGCUGCCCGCCCGGGCGGCCUCCCACCUCCGGCCGGCCCUCGCGUGGCUGGCUGCCGGCCCGGGGCGCCGCCGCUCGCGCCUGCCUGGCCCGCUGGCGGGCUGCCCUUGCCGCUGGAGCCUAGGCUCCAGUGUGGCGGGGGGCGCCGCCACCGACCCCCGGGCUCGGCCCUGCUUUGGGGCAGCCUGUGGCCUCGUGGCCGCCGCCGCCGUUCGGCCCAGGGCGGGUGUUGCACCUCCGGUGGCCGCGUCGUCGUCACUGUCGCUCGCCCUGGGCUGGUUGCCGUUCUAG